AUGGUUGAAGAUUCCAGAGUUAGAGAUGCUCUUAAAAGCGGUGAACAAAGGGCUUUACCGGCUUCUUUAGUUCCACAAACACCUGCCGUCUUGACAUCAAAGGACAAGAUUUCCAAAAGAAUGAUCGUGGUGUUAGCUAUGGCCUCUCUCGAGACACACAAAAUAUCUUCUAAUGGGCCUGGUGGUGACAAAUAUGUUCUAUUGAAUUGUGACGACCACCAAGGCUUGUUGAAAAAAAUGGGUAGAGACAUUAGUGAAGCAAGACCUGAUAUUACCCACCAAUGUCUUUUAACUUUACUGGAUUCUCCAAUCAACAAAGCUGGGAAAUUGCAAGUCUACAUCCAGACAAGCCGAGGCAUUCUCGUUGAAGUUAACCCUACCGUUCGUAUACCAAGAACUUUCAAAAGAUUUUCAGGUUUAAUGGUCCAAUUACUACAUAAACUAUCUAUUAGAUCCGUAAAUUCUGAAGAAAAAUUACUAAAAGUCAUCAAAAACCCUAUUACCGACCAUUUACCUACCAAAUGCCGUAAAGUAACGUUAUCCUUUGACGCCCCCGUCAUUCGUGUCCAAGAUUACAUUGAAAAACUAGACGACGAUGAAAGUAUAUGUGUCUUUGUCGGUGCAAUGGCAAGAGGUAAAGAUAAUUUCGCAGAUGAAUACGUCGACGAAAAAGUCGGUCUGUCCAACUACCCAUUGUCCGCUUCAGUUGCAUGUUCUAAGUUUUGUCACGGUGCAGAAGAUGCUUGGAAUAUUUUAUAG